GCUGCCUUCACGUGGAUCAAAGUGUCUUCCUUUUCAGGAGCUAGAUCCUUUGCUGCCCUCACGUUGCGGGCGUCCCAGUUUCAGCACAUACUUGGCAAGUUGAGUCUGACUGAGCAAAUGUAUGCUGGCAACCCACUGGCUGCCUUGAGCUAUGCAAGAAGAGGCUUUCUGUUGCAAAAGUGGGCAAAGCGAUUUUUGGCAGAGAAAUACCCUUAUCUAUCCAUGCUUCAACCGCAUUUGGGACAAUGCAUUAAUGGUAUGAAGCGGUCCACACACAACGCUGAGUAUGAUGUGCUGUUUGGAGGAAGGCGAGUCGAAUUGAAGAGUGCACAGUUGUGCUUUAAUCGCUCUCGUUGGGAAGUCACGUGGAGAGAGGAUAAAGCUGCAAUUCCCAGGGUGCCGGAACAAAUCAGCAUUUGACGACGUGUACAUCACGCUGCUGACCCCAGGUGGGCUGCAUCUCUUCAAGCAUGAUCUGAGCACGGGUGUUUCAAGAGAUGGCCAGCGCACGGAGCAAAUGGGCCAUAUCAUUCGAUUGUUUGGAAGCUUGAAACAGACUUGCUGGAAAGCUGCCUCCAAUCAAAUUGUGCGCAGUCUUUGCUUGAAAGGCAGCUGUAUGGAUAUUGGAUACUGUCAGAUUGGCAAUCCGACAAUUCAAGAGCUACUUUCAGAAGAUAGCGACAUUGGUGCUUCAUUCUACAGUGAAACUCCGCUGGCCUUUGUGAAUGGAGCUGCACGGGGGCUGUUGAUGCAGGAGCUUGUAUUUGAGGUUGACAAACAGCUGCAUAGAAAAAGCACGCUCCUUUUGCCCCAAGGCCGUGAACAUUAUUUAGGAGACACUGCUCGCCAUGGUGGCAACGCAACCUUUGAUUGGAUCCGUGACAAGACACGAGUUGAAGCAAAGCACGCCAAACUAUGCUUCAAUGCAAGAAACCAACGAUGGCAAUGCAUCUUCAGAGCUAUUAAAGAGGAUUUGUUCGAUGAACUCCUACUUGCAAUUUACAGCCCUUCGGGUAUCUUUAUUUUUGUGCACAACGCUUCCUUGCGAUUGUCUUCCCAAGGCAUGCAAACUGAAUGUUCAGGAAAGAAUCUUUGCCUUGGUGGACCUGCACAUGAACUGAGCCCAUCACAAGCUUUGGAGACCAUUUUCACAAAACUAUCCAACCACCAGUGUCAGCAUAUUGCAACUAUUCUUUGGGGCUGAGCAGUUGAAAGUGCCAAAGGCUGCCCAAAUUACUUGAGAACCCGACCUGGUUGUCAGACUCGCCUUCGGAGUGAAA